AUGGGAGAUAGAUUGAUGCUUGCAAAGAAGAACUGGUUUGGUACAAAGAGGAAGAAUAUGCAGAGGUGGCAGGUAGCCCAGCCCCCAUAUGAACAGCCAGCGGGACAUUGUCAGCAACUGUUUCACACGUGCUACUUUCAUUCAUUUGUAUGGAACGCGUACGGUACUCAGUCUUCUCUUCGCUACGGUGUGUGUACAUACAUAUACAUAUACAUAUACAUAUAUAUUAGACACUUCUUGGCCUUCCGAACAAAGUCGAGCAAAGGCUCGUUUUCUUGUUCUGCGUUUUCUUCUUCUAUUUGUACAACCAAGGUUGCUCAAAUGGAUAUCUCGGCUGGAAAAUGGUUGUCUGAACUGGGAAUGGAUGAUGUGUACUAUUCGGGGUUGGAUUACCAAUACCAAAUGAGCCCCUUUGAUUACUCCCUUCAACUUGAAUCCCUUAAUAAUUUCCACUACUCUAAUAGCAAUCACUUGGACACAAACAACUUAGCUUGUGGAUCUGCAACUGCAUCACCAGUACUGCAGGAGGCUUCUCAUCAUAUUGAUCAUGAUUAUCAAAGGCCAACAAAGCAGAUCAAGAUCAUGACCAACACUCGGAAAUCUUGCACUGAUACCAAUUAUGACAACAACAAUAUUAUAACCUCAAAGGGUUCUUCUUCUUCGUCCUCUCCUUCCUCGCAGAUUAUAUCCUUCGAUAACUCGUCUGCGGAUGCAAACAUCAUAAAGCCCAAGGUAGAGGUGGUUGAUAAUGGACUAUUUAUGCUCAACUAUCCACCAAAAUAUGAUCAAGGGACCAAUAUGGCAAUUACUGCUAGUGCUGCACCAAGUAGAAGAAGCCCUUUACAUGCCCAAGAUCAUGUCAUGGCAGAAAGGAAACGCCGAGAAAAGCUCAGCCUGCGUUUCAUUGCUCUUUCUGCUAUUGUCCCUGGCCUCAAGAAGAUGGACAAGGCUUCAGUUCUAGGAGACGCCAUUAAGUACUUGAAGCAGCUUCAGGAGCGUGUGAAGACACUAGAGGAACAAGCUUCCAAGAAAACAAUGGAAUCGGUAGUUUUUAACAAGAAAUCAGUUUAUAUGGACGACGAGAACUUGGAUACCGAAUCUGACCAUCCAUUGCCCGAAAUCGAAGCAAGAGUCUCACACAAGGAUGUGCUCAUCAGAAUCCACUGUGAGAAUCACAAAGGAUGUGUAGUGAACAUACUAAGCCAAAUGGAGAAGCUCAAACUAAGUGUUGUCAACACUAGUGUCUUGCCAUUCGGAAAUUCCACCAUGGACAUCACUGUCCUUGCUCAGAUGGAGGAAGAAUUCUCGAUGACAGUUAAGGAUCUUGUCAGAAAACUAAGGGAGGGUUUGCUCAAGUUGAUGCAGAACUCUAUCUGACUAGACAAGAUUCAUGAUCGUCACCGGCUCUACCUUAAAGUGUGUGUGUUUUUUUGAGGCCAAAAUCACCUGGAGAUUGAGAGGAAUAAUGGGCUGUGACGUCUCUACAUAUCAUCAAUAGUAGUACUGUGUUUUUUGGCUGCGUGCGGAGGUUUCCCAUUUUUGCAAGAGGGGUUUUUUUUUUGUUUGCGUGGUCAAUCUUUGACCAUGUUUUAAAUUACCCCACGUGCUGUAAAUGAAGGUGGAGAAACUUUAACAAAGCGGCCUUUUGAAUCUCUUUUUUGAGGGUUUGACUAUCAAUAGUUCAAUAAAACCUCUCUCUUUCUUAGGUCUUUCCCACCAUUGUAUUUGAGACAAUACACACACAGGCACCUUUGAUUCGUCUUUGUGGAGAUUUUGGUUAAAAAGAGUCUUUAACAUUUGUCUCAAAAUGUUAUCUACCUAUGAUUUUAUCUUU